UGUGCGUGAGCCUCCAGAACAGCGACGAUGAGAGAACGCGUGUGGCGAUCGAUUGCUACUGUCUGAUCUCUGAUCUAAAGAUGGAUGCCUGCUGAAACAGGUUCUACAUGGGAAGUGACUCCCCGGCGGUGUUCUACGUGCAGUUCCCUCGUCUGGUUCCAGCCGAUGCUUGCUACAGCAUGACCACAGCACCGUCGGCUCAUUUGGUAGUUCUGGCAAAUGAAAAUGGAGGAGGUUUCGGUGUCCAGCCUGGACAACAGCAAGCUGGAGAGCCUUGCACAGGACAUCCUGUCUGACCUGGUGGAGGAUGCCUGCCUCGGUCUUUGCUUUGAGGUCCACCGGGCUGUCAAGCAGGGCUAUUUUUUCCUGGACGACACGGACCAAGAAAGCAUGAGGGACUUUGAAAUUGUGGACCAGCCUGGUUUGGACGUGUUUGGUCAGGUGUUCAACCAGUGGAAGAACAAGGAGUGCGUUUGUCCGAACUGCAGCAGAAGCAUCGCAGCCUCUCGCUUUGCUCCUCACCUGGAGAAAUGCCUCGGGAUGGGCCGCAACAGCAGCCGCAUUGCGAAUCGAAGAAUUGUCACUGGCAACAACACCAACAACAAGUCAGAGAGCGACCAGGAGGAUAAUGACGAUGUCAAUGAUAACGACUGGUCCUAUGGAGCUGAAAAGAAAGCCAAGAAAAGGAAAUCUGAAAAGAACCCCAACUCACCGCGGAGAUCGAAAUCAUUCAAACAUAAGAGCAGCAUGAUGGGCCCCAGACGUCGACUUGACAACCAGGAGAGUCCGCGCAUGCUGAUGAAAGAUGAGGCAUUCCCUCAAUAACAAUACAAACACACAUCAUUUGAAUCAUGUGUGCGCUACGACUGCACAAACACGCAGGAAGACCAAUAACAUGUCGGCCUUUAUUCGCUUCUCGUGAAAUCUACGGACAUUGACGCUCUAGGUGACGCUCAUGGUGUUAAUGGCCUGGCUGAAGCGGUCCAGACCUCCCACUUUAUACUUGACUUUUUUUUUUCUUUCUUUUUUUGAAAUCACAAAAUCACAACACUUGUGUAUGAUUUGUAUUUUUUUAUGUGAAUUUGUUUUGGAAGGAGCUUCUGAUGUCCACUCUGAUGACGAUGAUGUUAAGGAUGGAUGUGUAUUCAUGGCACAGACACGGUUCAAUUCACUCUGCUCAGGCAGCUGUGUGGCAGAGAUUGUGUGCUUCAACAGUGUCUUUGCAUGUGCGUGUGUGGUUGUGCAUAAAACGAUGGGACUCAAAUGAUUUUCUAAAGAAACUUCGAGUAUCAUGGUGAAGACAAGGAUCACGUUCGAUUUGUAAUGUGUUUGGAAUUACUGUCUAGGUAAUUACAAAUUGUGCGUAUGUGCUGGUGCGUUUGUUUCAGUGGGAGGGAGAGUGACUUAAGUGUGAUCUUAUUUUAAACAUGUUCAGUCAGUGAACCCGAAAUUUUCCCAGCAAGUACUUUGCUGCAGAAAGUAGGUUUCUUUAUUUUUGAUGGAUAGAGUGGCUGUUUUUUUUUUUUUUCUGGUAUUGGAUUUCAAAAUGUCUUUGUAUCACGUGUUUACAUUAUAAAGGGUUGCAAACAUCCUUGGUGUGAUGUGAUAGUGUAAAUAUUCAUAUAGUUGAAUUGCUGCUAUCAUGGCUCAGUUUGUUUCAUCUGUCUAGCGUAAUAAAUGAUU